AAAUUCAUUUUAUUUAUUCAUCAUUUAUUAAGAAACGCAGGUGUUUUCUGUGUUAUAGGCCACUUUUAAGGGAAUCUCGGUGUCACAAUUGUUAAUGUGAUAGGUCUUCUCUGAGUCUGAUUUUCUGUAUGUUAUCCAGAUAUUCAAAAUAAUUGUUUUUUCUCUCAUUUAUGCCGUUUAGCAGAGGUGUCGGCUUCUAUUCCGCUAAAUAUGCAAAGAGAAAAUACGUUUAUCUCCCCUAAGUGUAAUAAAAUUACUAAAAAGUUAUACAAACAGAUAUAGAACAUGCCUAUGCCACGUUUAAGACUGGGUUGCUGCUUUACAUUGCUUAGAGGCGUUAUCUUCUAUUACAUACUAUAGGUAUGUCAUUUGUGUGAGCACGUUUAAUAAUAGGCGUAAAGGCUAAAUAUUAACAGGGAAGUAAAAUUUCACAUUCAUAAAUGAACAAUCCAAUCUAAUAAACGUACAAAAGAAUGUAGGCCUGUUGGAAUUUUGAGGUUCUGGGCUUCCCGGUUUAGGAAAGGAUGAAAAACUGUUGUCAAUUGAAUGUAUUAAUUUAUUACGUAUUUUGGACAGAGCUCUCUCGUGAGAGAGAGCUCUGUGCUGACGUCAAAUGAAACCUUCCAGCAGGGAUAGGAUAGUACUAUGACGUCACGUACCAAACUAGAUCACAAUCUGUAUUUAAGAGACAACCGCGUAUGGACGAGCAGAACAAACAACGCUACUUGAGAAAUGGAAAUGUUAGAGUUAUUUCAAAAUGGGUACCAUCAAAUCAAAAUGUGAUGAGAAGUUAGUGUCUCGUGACGUGAAGAAAAUUGAACAGGUACAACCAGUGGCUGAACUUGAUGUCAUGGAUGACUAUCUUUUACUCAGAAAACGUGGAUACAACGUUAUUAGUAAUAUAGGUGAAGGGUCAUUUUCCAAAGUAAAGUCUGCUUACUCAGAGCGUCACAAGAAAAAUGUUGCUGUAAAGAUAAUCAACAGAAGAAAGGCUUCCAUGAACUUUCUGGAAAAGUUCUUGCCACGAGAACUGGACAUCCUCCCAUCCCUCAACCAUCGCCACAUAGUGAAGACCUACGAAAUCUUUGAAACCGCAGAGGGCAAAGUGUACAUGGUGCUGGAGCUCGGUGUGCACGGGAACCUUCUGGAGUUCAUCAAGAACCGCGGAGCCCUACCGGACCACCUGAGUAGAAAACUCUUUCGGCAACUCUCGCUCGCGGUCAAAUUUGCCCACGAGCUGGACAUCGCUCACAGGGACCUGAAGUGCGAGAAUCUGCUCCUGGACAAGGACUUCAACCUCAAGGUUUCCGACUUCGGUUUCAGCAAAAGGAUCGCCUACGAUGACAACGGAAAGGUUAUCCUGAGCAAAACCUUCUGCGGGUCGCUCGCCUACGCACCUCCCGAGAUCCUGCAGCACCAACCCUACAACCCAAAGGUAUACGACGUCUGGAGCAUGGGCGUCAUUCUGUACACCAUGGCGUUUGGAACAAUGCCAUUCGACGAGUCAAACUUGAGGAAAAUGCUUGAAAUUCAAAAGGAGCACCGCUACCAGUUCCCUUCGAAUUCCGUGGCCCCCGAGUGCAAAAACCUGAUCCACCGCAUGCUGCACCCUGACGUGCAGAGGAGGAUAUACAUUGCGACCAUUGUCGAACACCCAUGGCUGCAGGAGAGAGGCAAACUGCAAGACGGCGUCGCAAAUCAGCGAGAGGAGCCGUCAACCAGCUCAGGCUCCGGCAAUACAACAACGGGGGGAAAGCCGGCGAAUUCACAGAAAGGAUAACAGAGCUAUAAAGCACCCUCCAACAGGUUUCUGGGUGAUUUGAAUCUUCAACCGGGCUCUACAGAGGAAGGGACCUUUGUGCCAUUUUCUUCUGCAUCUAUGAUGGAAAAUUAACGUUUCAAUCUAAACAAAAAUAAACUUGUUUUGCAGACGCCCAUAAGCAGAAACACCUCUGUAAACAUG